AACACUAAAUUCAAAAACAUGAUAAUUUAAUACCACUGAUCUUUGUAGUAUAUCCAGAUUCAUGUCUAGCUAAAUCCACUGAUUAAAUAAAAAGUGUUCAAGUCAAGUCACUUUAAUGUUACCGGUAAGUUUGAAUAAAACAAAGGUAAUACAUGUAUCAAUUAAACUAGUCAACUCCAAUUUAGAGAAUGCUAUAAGUGUGCUCUCCCUCUUUCUUUGACACUGUCUGAAAACUUUUAUUUUUAGUUUUAAAAGUUACAACUUAAAUAUACAAGAAUCAACUCAUCUAUAUUUGGAAUUUUUUCAUUAUACAAAUUACAAAAGGUAGGAUUAUUUACCUAAAUAAUAUUUGUGGAUGAAAGUAACAACAAAUCUAUUAAAAAUCAAACAGAGAGAAAAACAGCACAUACUUUUAUUUUUUCUUCUUGCCUUUCUUCUCCAUUGAUCUGUUUUGGCCUCUGUCUCUUCGUUUUCCCCUGUUCUGUCUCUUUGCUUUCUUCUUGUCCAUCAAAACUUUUUCCUCCUUGUUCGAAAAAUCUCCAUCAUUGAUGCUCUUGUUCUUGUUCUUCUUCUUCUCUAGAAGAGGUCAAGAAAUAAGAAAUUAUAGACAAAGAUCCGAUUAAAUAGGAUUUGUGUUCUUGAUUUUGGUGUUGCAAUAAAAAUGGCGUCAUGAUGACAUCUGACGUAGAAACGUCUCAGGCUUUUAAUUACGUAUUAAGCCCCCACGAGAGAUGCAUCCGAGGAGACAACAACAACAAUAAGAAGACCAAGAACAACAACAGCAACAACAACAAUGUCCGAAACAUACACGUCGCCUUCGAGAAGAAUCUCAAUGUUUUUGUCAGAGAUCAUCUCGAUAACGUUACCGUUGCCUCCGGUGAGAAUGUUGAUGAAUCCACCAAAGCGGUUCCUGAAAGUUCUUCCAACAAAUCCUCUGUUUUGAAAACAGAGGAACCUCGGUUAUCAUCGUCCUCUAUAGGAUCCGACCCGGAUCCGAAUUUACCUCAUCCGGGUCAACAAGAUAAGAACACGUCAAGGAAAGAAACCAUGCCGGCUUCUUCUCUGGUUCAGAUAUGGGAGGCAAGGACAACGAGCUCGAACCAAAACCAACCCCAAACCGAUAGCAGAACGAGUUCUUCAGGAUCAAACGUGUUAGAGAACUCAGAGUCUCUUAUUGAGGAACCAGUCAAAGAAUAUGAACCAAUACAGCCAGUUCAAGAAGGAAAAAAUGAAGAACAUAAAGAGGAAGAGAUUGAAUCUGACUCACAAUCUGUUUCUGGUGAGAAGGAAAGAGAAGGCGUAAGAGUUAUGGAUAUAAUCAGGAAACUAAGCAGCGACACGGAAACAACAACGGGUAAUAACGACAAUGGAAGCAGCAGUAACGAGAACGGCAAAGAAGUUCAGACAACAACAACAGAAACAAGAACUUUUCCUCAGGUUUCUUGUUCCCCAAGAAUAAGAGGGAGACAAGCAUUUGCUGAUUUAUUGAUUCAGAUGAUGCGUGAUCGUGAAAAGGAGCUGGCUAGUUUGUUAGAUCGCCAUUGUGUUUCAAAGUUCACGCACCGGGGAAGGAUUCAGUCGACGCUUAGGAUUCGGUGUUACGAAAGGUGCAUUGCGAUUCAAGAUAAGUAUCGGUCUAAGUCAUGGGCAGCAGGAUCUGAUUUAAACCGGGCAGGAGGAUCUGAUUUAAACCGGUCACCACGAGGGUCUGGUGUGAUGCAUCUUCUCAAGGAGAAAAAUAAGACAAAUUCUGAUAACAUUUCUAGUUCUGUCUCUUCUCGGUCUAGGGUGAUGGAGAAAGAUCCUCAGAAGUCUUUGGAGAAGAAAGCUGUGGAGGAAAUAAUGGAGAAGAUUGAUGUCAAGGAGGUUCGAGAAGUGGUUUCUGCGGUGGAAACCGCGAAGAAAGCUGUCCUGAGUGAACUUGUAGAGAACAAGAAUGGUUCAAAGAAAUCCACUGGAGAAACUAUUAAGAAGGAAAGUGCAGAAAGGAAAGGCGAAAAGCGAGAAACAAUGGCUCAAGAAGUGGUUUCUGCUGUGGAAACCGCAAAGAAAGCUGUCUUGAGUGAAAUUGUAGAAAACAAGAAUGGUUUAAAGAAACCAACAGGAGAAACUAUUAAAAAGGAAGUUGCAGAAAGGAGAGGCGAAAAACGCGAAACAAUGGAGAAACCUGUUGCUAAAGAAGGUCUUGAAAGGAGAGGCGAAAAGCGAGAAACAAUGGAGAAACCUGUUGCUAGAGAAGGUCAUGAAGGGAGAGGCGAUAAGGAGACGGUCAAGAAAGCUGUUUUGAGUGAAAGUGCAGAGGGUAAGAGUGGUUUAAAGAAACCUAUAGGGGAAACCCUUCAGAAAGAAACUACAGAAGGGAGAGGAGAUAAAGGAGAAACAAAGGAGAAAGCUAUUGCUAAAGAAAAUGUGCAAGGGAAUGUUUUGGUUGGAAUAGCUGAGAAGGUGAACCGAUGGAACUCAGAGGAGAAACUGAAUAGGAGUAGAUGGACAGAGAAAGGUAAAACUGAGACCAAAGCUAAUACUGAGAGAGUUGAUAAAAAUGAUGUAUUAGAAGAUGCUAAAAGAACCAGUAAUGUCCAAAGUGGGGAAAAAAGCAAUACUACUUGUGAGUUUCCUGAGAAAGAAGUAAGAAGAAAGGAAAAGGAAGAUUGUGUUUCUGUAGAAACUAAGUCCAUAGAGAUUGGAGAUCCUCAACAAGGGACUGCACAAGAAGAGGAAAAGGUUGUCCAGGAGACAACAACCAGAAACAAUAAAAAUGGUUUAAAGAAACCUACUGAGAAGGAAAGUAGAGAAGUGAGAGAAAUGGAGGAAAGUGUAGAAGGAAACACAUUUAUGGGAAUAGCUGAGAAGGUGAAAAUGUGGAACUCCAAGUACAAAAAGAGUAGGAGAAGAUAUUCUAUGGACAGAGGUAAAGGCAAAACAGGCAAACCUAAUACCGAGAGAAAUGAAGUGUUGCAAGAAGCUUCAAGGAGAAUCAUUAAUCUCAAAACUGAGGAGAGAAGUAUUACUACUUCAAAGGAGAAAGUUGUUGGUACACAAGAGAUUAAGGAUAAAAGAGAGAGUAGUAGAGAAAUAAUGCAGUGUGAACCUGAAGAGAAAGGAAGAAGAAUGAAAGAGGAAGAGCUUUGUUCUGAAGAAGCCAAGUCCAAAGAUAUCACUGAGGUGAAAAUCAUGAGUUCUCAAGAAGUUAUUACACCAGCAAAAGAAUCUGCAUGUCAUGGCUCUCCAGAGAGAGGUAAAGAGCUAAGUGCUUCACUACAAGGUGAAGAAAUGUUUAUUCUGCAAAACCUAGAAGACAAGUCUACUAAAGAGACUGAUGGAAACAAUUUUCAAGAAAAUAUAAUUGAAGAAGACUCUAGAGAGAAGGCUAAAGAGAAGAAUGCUUCACAACAGGAUGAAGAGGUGAAAGAAGUAGCAAUAGAGUUUGCAAAUGAUUGGGAUGAAAAAGAAGAUGAUGAUGAUGAUGAUGAUGACUAUGAAGAUUAUGGAGAUUUUGAUGAUUACAUUGGAGAAAUUUCAACUGAUUGGAUCUACGAUGUAUCGAGGCCUCGAAGUUACUGGGAAGAGUUAAGGAAAGAAAGGUACCUUGAGGUUCUCAACACUGAAUCAGAUAAAAAGGACAUAUGUAACCUUAUCCAGAGCCGAACAGUUUCCAACUUCUUGACGAGUGACUUGCGACAAAAAAUCGAUAAUUUGAUGACAAGUCUCGUGCAGAAUCACUUAGGCGUACCAAUCAAUCAAGAAGAAGACGAAGAAGAAAAAGAAGAGUGGGUUGAAGAGUGCUCAGCAAGGAACCAAGAAUAUAAUGAAACAGAGGAAGAACCAGAGAAGACAAAUCUUGAAGCUGCAAGCGACACAAUUCUUGAAGCUGAUCAUGACGCUUGCAGCCAAUCAUCAGAAAGGAGUAGUACGUUGAUGAUUUCGUGGAGUUUCAGGGAUCAAGAUAUUGACAAGGAUCACGAACCCACAGCGUCUUUAUCUCUCCCUGAGCCUUCUUCUGCCACAAGUCAAACUACACAGGAGAUGCAGAUGAUAAGUGAUCUCAGGGAACAAAUGGAGCAGCUUCAACGAGAAAUGCUAGAACUGCGAAACACCGUUAAAUCUUGCACUGAUAUGCAACUUCAUUUCCAGAAAUCUUCAACUCAAGAUUCUUGUCGCUCUGGCUCAUCUUCAGAACAACGAGUAGAAACUAAGAAUCCCUUAAAACGCAAGUGUUGCGUUUGCUCUGAGAUGCCUGUUGACUCGCUUCUGUAUAGGUGUGGACAUAUGUGCACGUGUCUAAAAUGUGCUCAUGAGUUGCAAUGGAGCAGUAAGAAAUGUCCGAUUUGCAUGGCUCCAAUCGUCGAUGUUGUGAGAGCUUUUCUUGAUGCUUAGGAUUUAAAAAAAAAGAACAAUAUUAAUUUAUCUGUUAGUUUGGAAUCUGAUACAUCUGAUUAUACCUGAUAACAUUUGUUUGCCUUGUUGUUCUGCCAUGUUGAGAUCAUUACAAUAAAAAGUUCCGAUAUACUCCUCAUAUCAUAUG